AUGUCGCCAGACUCGGAUCACAAGAAGAAGGCUAACCUGACCGACGUGUCAGGUGCCGAGAUCAAAGAAGAGAAUGACACCUCAACCGCCAUCCUCAAGAAGAAGAAGAAGCCCAACCAGCUGAUGGUCACCGAUGCCGUCAACGAUGACAACUCGGUUAUCGCCCUGUCUAACAACGACAUGGAGACUCUCCAGCUCUUCCGUGGCGACACCGUCCUUGUUCGCGGCAAGAAGAGAAAGGACACUGCUCUCAUCGUUCUCGCCGACGACGACCUCGAGGACGGCCAGGCCAGAAUCAACAGAGUAGUCCGCCACAACCUGCGGGUCAAGCACGGCGACAUGAUCACCGUUCACCCGUGCCCCGACAUCAAAUACGCCAAGCGUAUUGCCGUCCUCCCGAUCGCCGACACCGUUGAGGGUCUGACAGGCUCGCUCUUCGACGUCUUCCUUGCUCCAUACUUCAGAGAGGCCUACCGCCCUGUCCGCCAGGGCGAUCUCUUCAUCGUAAGAGGUGGCAUGCGGCAAGUCGAGUUCAAGGUUGUUGAGGUCGACCCCCCGGAGUACGGCAUCGUGGCACAGGACACUGUCAUCCACUGCGAGGGUGACCCUAUCCAGCGCGAAGAGGAAGAGAACAAUCUCAAUGAGGUCGGCUACGACGAUAUCGGUGGCUGCCGCAAGCAGAUGGCUCAAAUUCGCGAGAUGGUCGAGCUACCCCUCCGUCACCCCCAGCUCUUCAAGUCUAUUGGCAUCAAGCCUCCCCGCGGUGUCCUGCUCUUCGGACCCCCCGGUACUGGUAAGACGCUGAUGGCCAGAGCUGUGGCGAACGAGACCGGCGCCUUCUUCUUCCUCAUCAACGGUCCCGAAAUCAUGUCCAAGAUGGCCGGUGAAUCCGAGUCGAACCUCCGAAAGGCCUUUGAAGAGGCGGAGAAGAACUCUCCUGCAAUUAUUUUCAUCGACGAGAUCGAUUCCAUUGCCCCCAAGCGUGACAAGACCAACGGCGAGGUCGAGCGCCGUGUCGUAUCUCAGCUGUUGACGCUCAUGGAUGGCAUGAAGGCUCGAUCCAACAUCGUCGUUAUGGCCGCCACCAACCGACCCAACUCUAUCGACCCGGCCCUUCGUCGUUUCGGUCGUUUCGAUCGCGAGGUCGAUAUCGGUGUCCCCGACCCUACCGGCCGUCUCGAGAUUCUGCAGAUUCACACCAAGAACAUGAAGCUUGGAGACGAUGUCGAUUUGGAGCAGAUCGCCGCUGAAACCCAUGGUUACGUCGGUUCUGAUGUCGCAGCUCUUUGCUCCGAGGCUGCCAUGCAGCAGAUUCGUGAGAAGAUGGAUUUGAUCGAUCUGGACGAGGACACCAUCGAUGCCGAGGUGCUCGACUCCCUCGGUGUCACCAUGGAGAACUUCCGGUUUGCUCUCGGUGUCUCCAACCCGUCUGCCCUCCGCGAGGUCGCCGUUGUCGAGGUUCCCAACGUCCGCUGGGAGGAUAUCGGUGGUCUCAACGAGGUCAAGCAGGACCUCAAGGAGAACGUCCAGUACCCCGUCGAUCACCCCGAGAAGUUCCUCAAGUUCGGCAUGUCGCCGUCUCGUGGUGUCCUCUUCUACGGGCCUCCGGGUACCGGUAAGACAAUGUUGGCCAAGGCUGUCGCCAACGAGUGUGCUGCCAACUUCAUCUCUGUCAAGGGCCCUGAACUUCUCAGCAUGUGGUUCGGUGAAUCUGAAAGCAACAUCAGAGACAUUUUCGACAAGGCCCGUGCUGCGGCGCCCUGUGUUGUGUUCUUGGACGAGUUGGACUCCAUUGCCAAGGCUCGUGGCGGCUCUGUCGGCGAUGCUGGCGGUGCUUCUGACCGUGUUGUCAACCAGCUUCUGACCGAAAUGGACGGCAUGACAUCAAAGAAGAACGUCUUCGUGAUUGGUGCUACCAACAGACCUGAGCAGCUCGACCCGGCUCUUUGCCGUCCCGGUCGUCUCGACUCUCUCAUUUACGUCCCGCUCCCUGAUGAGGCCGGCCGUCACAGCAUUCUGAAGGCGCAGCUCCGCAAGACCCCUGUGGCUGCGGACAUUGACCUCGACUACAUCGCAUCCAAGACCCACGGCUUCUCUGGUGCCGAUUUGGGCUUCAUCACCCAGCGUGCUGUCAAAAUUGCCAUCAAGGAGUCCAUCACCCUCGACAUUGAGCGCCAGCGUGCUAGAGAGGCCGAGGGCGGCGACAUGGAUGUCGACGAGGAUGUCGAGGAUCCCGUUCCAGAACUGACCAAGCGUCACUUCGAGGAGGCUAUGCAAAUGGCUCGGAGAUCCGUCUCUGAUGUUGAGAUCCGCCGGUACGAGGCUUUUGCCCAGCAGAUGAAGAACACUGGCCCUGGUGCUUUCUUCAAGUUCCCGGAUGCGACCACGGGUGGUUCGGGCGCGGAUAACUUUGGCCAGGCCGGCGACGAUGACGGGCUCUACGACUAA